AUGGGUCGUUGGGACGAAGCCAGCUGGUGCCAUUUCUUCCCCCAGACCCACACUGAACUAGCAAGGGCCUGGUUUGAUUCUUUGCUAGUAGGAUCACUGGCCUCAUUCGAACAAUUGCAAGAAAAAAUUCUUGCACAUUUCAGCCAACAAAGACGUCACAAUCGUGAUUCAUUGGACGUCAUAAACAUCUGGCGCGGAGAGAACGAAAGCUUGGAAGCUUUCGUCAUCCGCUACAACAAAGAAUACCUCAAAAUUGGUGGGGUAGCAGACCAAAUGUCCUGCAACCAAUUCCUGCAAGAGGUCAAUCAUGACGAAAUGAUUAUGACAAUCUCGGGCAAGGAAAGCUUGCCAGAGAAAUGGGACGAUGUCAUGGCGGCAAUCAAGACGUAUGCCCAGACCACGCGGUCUCUCAAACCGCACACUAGCAAAACCCGCCCCCAGACGAAAGGUCAGUCAUCCCGCCAAGAGGUAAAGCGCUACAACAACAAGCGCCACCGGGAUACAUGGAAUUGA